GGAGGAAGGGCUCACAUUUCCGCCUCCCGCUUGCUUGUUUGCUGCCUGCCUGAAGACUGGUUUUGGUGCUGGGAUAGAGGCGACGCUGGUGGCCCGGGCUGGGGCUGCGUGUGCCGUGUGAAGAAAGACCCCCUUGCUCCAUCAUCAGGUUCAGGAAGCAGAGCUGCAAGAGCUGCACCGUCAAGCUGCCCAGCCAUUUCUUCUGCCUGUUCCCCUCCCAAGACCAUCUGAUCAGUCGUAGCCCAAACAUGGGCAUCUUCAGCAGUGGCGUCAUCCCUGUGGAACAGCCUUCCAGAGGAGUGCACUGCUAAAGCUGUGAUGAGAUGGAGCCCGGGACAAAUUCUUUCCGAGUGGAGUUCCCCGACUUCUCUAGCACCAUUCUGCAGAAACUGAAUCAGCAGCGCCAGCAAGGGCAGCUCUGCGAUGUUUCUAUCGUAGUCCAGGGUCAUCUCUUCCGUGCUCAUAAAGCUGUCCUGGCAGCCAGCUCCCCUUACUUCUGUGACCAGGUGCUCUUGAAAAACAGCCGCCGAAUCGUCCUGCCCGAUGUCAUGAAUCCCAGAGUGUUUGAGAACAUCCUUCUGUCAUCUUACACGGGGAGGUUAGUGAUGCCGGCUCCGGAGAUUGUCAGCUAUCUGACGGCCGCGAGCUUCCUGCAGAUGUGGCACGUAGUGGACAAGUGCACAGAGGUGUUGGAGGGAAAUCCGUCCGUCCUUUGUCAAAAGCUGAAUCGCAGCAACGACCACCAGUCUCCAAGCAGCAGCAGUUACAAUGGCCUCGUUGAGAGCUUUGAGCUGGGAACUGCAGGGCAAGCAGACUUCCACAAAUCCCAGGAACUGAGGGAUGGUGAAAAUGAAGAGGAGAACUCUAAAGAUGAGCUGUCGUCUCAGCUAACAGAACAUGAGUAUCUUCCCAGCAACUCUUCUACGGAACAUGACCGGCUGAGCACGGGGAUGACCAGCCAAGACGGGGAAGAAGGAGCCAGCGACAGUGCGGAAUAUCAGUACACCAGGCCCGUCUAUAGCAAGCCCAGCAUAAUGUCUCACAAGCGGUGGGUCCACGUGAAACCCGAGAGAUUCGUGCAGGACUGCGAAGGGGUGGAGGUGCACACGGCUUACGAUGAGCACCAGGUCUCCGAGUCCAUGAACGCCGUACAGGUGGACCACUCGAUCCAGACUUCCAGCUCCGAAGACUUCCAUGUCUCUGUGAAAAAAGUUGAAACCGAGUUUGAGCAAGCCGAUGAAAGCAACUACGAUGAGCAAGUUGACUUCUACGGCUCUUCCAUGGAAGAAUUCUCUGGGGAAAGAACCGACGGGAAUCUAAGCAGCCACAGGCACGAAGCUGCAGCCACUGCAGGUUAUGGAGAAAGCCUUGAUGUGCCCUCAGGAAUCAAAGAAGAAAAUGCCCUUUCUGGGUUUUCUACAGCUGAUAAGCUCUACCCUUGCCAGUGUGGGAAAAGUUUCACACACAAGAGCCAGAGGGACCGCCAUAUGAGCAUGCACCUCGGCCUCCGGCCUUAUGGGUGUGGCGUGUGUGGUAAGAAGUUCAAAAUGAAGCAUCACCUGGUUGGCCACAUGAAAAUCCACACAGGCAUCAAGCCUUACGAGUGUAACAUAUGUGGGAAAAGGUUUAUGUGGAGGGAUAGUUUUCAUCGGCAUGUAACGUCUUGCACCAAGUCGUACCAGGCCUGUAAGGUGGAACAGAACACUACUGAAAUGAACUGAAAGGGAGAGCGCAUGCAGAGUUGUUCAAUAGAGUUGACAGAAUGGAUACAUUGCACAGAGCAGCCCAGGACUUGCUAUUCAGAAUGGUUCGGUUUAAAAUAAUUUCUGUGGCAUAGAUGGGAACACCCAUAGAAGUGAGCGGGGAUGUCAGCCUCCAAGGCAGGCUUAUAGGGCCCGCUGCCAAGACUGCAGAUUGCAAAGCCAGCUGGAGCGAUGGUACUUUAAUGUGGUUAUAAAUGUUGCUAUUUAUUGUUUGCGUUUCAAUAGCACUUGGGCACUCUCUUCGAAGGGAUGCUUGGGACACUGAAGGUUCGCAGAGGCGAUGU